CAACGAGGGCACGAAACUGAUCCACAAGCACUAGUGCAUUGCAAGAGGACCAGGGAAGAAAGGAAGCUACUUGCUUCCAUGCUGGAAGGUUCCUUUGUUCCCAUCUGCCGAUCAAUCUCCUCCGUUCUCGAAACGGCUGUCCACAGCCUCCCUCAGUAUCAGGAGGAGCGACGGCCGAGAUGGCUGAGGUUGCUGUAUCAAUAGUCGUGGAGAAACUUUCGGAACUUCUACUCGAACAAGCAGUGAACGCAGUUUCAGUACUAGAUGGUGUGCGCAACGAAGUAGAGAGGCUGAAGAAUGAGUUGCGAUGGAUGCAAUGCUUUCUGAGGGACGCCGAUGCUAAACAAGAAGAAAACCAACUGGUUCGCAUGUGGGUUUCCGAUAUUAGAGAUAUUGCUUUUGAAGCUGAAGAGCUGAUAGAGAUUUAUGUUUACAAGGUGGCGUGUCAAAGCAGAUGGGAUAGAGUCUUCAGAUCCUUCCAUCUCUACGAGGUCUCCAGAAAAAUCGGGAAAAUUCGAUCGAGGAUACAUGAUGUAUCUGAAAAGCGAGAAACCUACGGAGUUGUCAGCGAGAUACAGAGGCAAAAUAUUACAAGUGAAAGGUUGAGGCACUGGAGACAGCCAUGGCCCUACGCUGAAGAGGAGUGCAUAAUUGAGCUUGAAGAUGACAUGGAAUUUCUGCUCGAUCAACUGCUUACAGGGGACGCUGGGAGGGUGGUUUCUAUAGUUGGUAUGGGGGGUUUGGGCAAAACCACCUUGGCUAAGAAAUUGUAUAAUCACAGCAAAGUUCAUAGCCAUUUUGAUUGUAGAGCUUGGGUUUACGUGUCCAGAGAGUACAGAAGAAGAGACAUUUUGCUAGGAAUUCUCAAGGAUGCGGAUGCUCUGGGUAGAAAUGAAAUUGACAGAUCAGAGAGAUUGAGGGAGGAAGACAUGGUGAACCGGCUGCAUACUAUCUUGGAUGAUAAGAGGUAUUUGGUAGUUCUUGAUGAUAUUUGGAGCAUGGAGGUCUGGGAUAGCCUAGAAUCUGCAUUUCCCAGGGGAAAGAUGGGUAGUAAAAUUCUGUUUACGACUAGAAACAUGGAAAUAGGUAAGCAUGCUGGUGCUGGUGGCAACCCUCAUAAAAUACGAACGCUGACGGAGGACGAGAGUUUGAAAUUGCUCAGCAACAAAGCAUUCCCUGGAAUGAAUAGCAUCCCCACGGAAUUGGAAAACCUUGCAAGGGAUGUUGUGAGGAAAUGUGAUGGUUUGCCUUUGGCUGUGGUAGUGGUUGGUGGUUUAUUAUCAAGAAAACUUAAAUCAAACGAGGAAUGGUUGGGGGUGGCCCAAAAUAUCAAUUGGCACCUGCUGAAAGAGCAAGAGAGAAUAGCACGUAUCUUGGCCCUGAGCUACAAUGACUUGCCUUCUCAUUUAAAGUCAUGCUUUCUCUACCUGGGUCUUUUCCCAGUUGGGAUAAACAUUCACACCAAAAAGUUGAUUCAUCUGUGGGUCGCAGAAGGUUUUUUACCACAAGAAGGUGCAGAAACGGCAGAAGGUGUUGCUGAGAAAUGCUUGAAUGAGUUGAUUGGAAGGUGCAUGGUUCAAGUGGGUUCAGUAAGUUCGUUAGGCAAAGUCAAAACAAUUCGCAUCCAUGAUCUUCUCAGGGAUAUUUCCGUCUCCAAAGGGGAAGAGGAGCAUUUUCUUCGAAUAUAUCUUGGCAGCAUGGAGAGCUCAUCAGCAUCUCAGGUGAAUAGAUCCCGCCGGCAUGCCAUACAUUCUUGCUACGACCGAUAUAACUUCCUGAAACACGAUGCUCAUCAUUCACGGUCCCUCCUCUUUUUCAAUAGAGAAUACAAUGCUGAUAUAGUGAAGAAAAUGAGGUUCUAUGACCAGCAGUACAAUAUGAAUUUUCUGGUAGAAAAGAAACUGAAUUUCAUUUUUUGCAAAUUCAAGCUUCUCAGGGUUUUAGAGUUAGAUGGUGUUCGGGUAGUUCGUCUUCCAAAUACAAUAGGGGACCUUAUUCAAUUAAGGUAUCUUGGACUGAGGAAGACUAAUUUGGAAGAGGAGCUUCCUCCUUCCAUUGGGAACUUGCUGAACCUGCAGACACUUGAUUUAAGGUACUGUUGUUUUCUUAAGAGGAUACCAAAUGUAAUUUGGAAGAUGAUCAGUUUGAGGCAUUUGCUUCUGUAUACUCCAUUUGAUUCUCCAGACAGCGCUCAUCUAAGAAUGGAUACAUUAACCAAUUUACAAAGCCUGCCAUACAUAGAGGCUGGAAGCUGGAUAGAAGAUGGGGGUCUAGAAAAAAUGAAAAAUCUCAGGCAAUUGGGAAUAUAUGAAUUACCUGGGCAAAUGGUGAGAUCAGUUCUUUCUGUUGCACAAGGAUUUCUUCACCUUCACUCACUGUCUCUAUCACUUCAAUCCGAAGAAGAUGAAUUUCCAAUCUUGAUGCAGCUUUCUCCGUGCACUCAUCUUCACAAGCUCUCUUUGAAUGGGAGGAUCAAGAAACUACCGGACCCUCAUGAAUUCCCGCCAAACCUUAUUAAAUUAACUUUACAUAACUCCCAUUUACAGAUGGAAUCCAUUGCCAAACUUGAGAGGUUGCCAAAACUGAAAAUGCUUGUUUUAGGGAAAGGGGCAUACAACAGGCGGGAAUUAUUCUUCUCUGCUGAUGGAUUUUCACAAUUGCAAAUUCUAAGGCUUAAUGUUUUGAAAGAAUUGGAGGAGUGGACUGUUGAGGAAAGGGCGGUACCAAGGCUUGAGCACAUCAUUAUUAAUCGCUGUGAGAAGCUGAAGAAGAUCCCAGAAGGACUGAAAGCUCUUUCUUGUCUCAAGGAAAUAAAGAUUAUAGGAAUGCCAGUAGAAUUUGAACAGAGACUACGAACUAAAGACUUGCUGGAAUUCCAAAAUACCCCUUCAGUUGAAUCAACUACAGACAUUUUGGCAAACGAUUUCAACGGCCGGCACAAUGUUGGUGGUUGAGAAACCUUUCAUCUUGGUAAAGGAAGCAUGUGCUAGUUGUGGUUUUUCUCCUCCAUUGAACAGCACAUGCUUAACUUUUCUUGUUGACCAUAUGCAUAAUGCUACGAGGUUGAUUCAAUCACUGGCAAGUUUUCCUUUUUUCUUGAGCAGCGGCCGGAGUCUUCUUUUGUGUUUUUGGACAGAAUCUUACUGUUUUGAAUCCAUUUUUGAGUACUUCCAAUAGCAAAUAAUAGUUGCAUAACUCAAGACAACGGUACUGGAAGUCAGCCAGAAAAGUCUCUUACUGCAAAAGCUCAGAGUUCAUGGUAACAUUCACGAAAUUUUCUAUCUAUAAAGGCUGUGAUUUGAAAGUAGAUUCUACUUGUUAAUAUUCUGUAUAUUACUGGAGAGCACACUUGACACAUGACUCUCAUCAGGAUGCAAUCGACAGUCGGCAAAGCUUUUUUAGGUCGACCAUAUUCAACAGUCCUGAACAUUUAUUUCUUUUAUGUAAUCAAUUUUUAAAAUUUCAAAUGGAGUAUCUUCCAAGUUCAACUUUUGAUGUUGAAACAUAGUUUCGGAUUUCAUAAUUUAUGUUACCAGAAACUUGCUAGGAGAAUACCCCACUGGCAUCACGCUCGUUGAUGUUAAAGUUGAAAACUGAAGGCAGUUCUUCGAUAUGCUAUCAUGAAUUCCUUUCGUAUAUAACAUAUUACUUAUUGUGGCUUGGACCAGGUUAGUUUA